AUGAGGCAUUUUCUGCUACUUGCUGCGGGGGUGGCGCUCCUCGAUUUCUCCUCAGCUGUUCAGGCACCUAACCAUGCUUCUAACGAAGGGCGUCGUUCAGCAGCAUCGCCACCAGCAGCAGGAGUAUCAUUGGCAGCAGCAAUACCAGCAGCAGCAUUAUUAAGCCCUACGCGGUCUCUACGUAAAUUGCUUGGUAGGGCCGCCUCCACCGCCCGGGCGCAAGAGAAGAAAAGAACCCUCUCCGCUGAGUCAUCUCUUGCUGCUCCUGUUGCUGGUGCAUCUCAGGGCUCUAGCACAUCCACACCACUAGGAGAAGGAGAUGCAGUAUCUGCUACAGACAACUCGUCUCCGUCUUCCUCCUUGCAUGCAUCUACUCGUUCCCCUUCUGAGGAGACACCAGCGGAAGGUAUGGAGUCUCGAUCAGCUCUAGAGAAAUUGAUGGCUAAGGCAGCAGCCGUGCAAGCAAGGAGUGUAAAGGCUUCACACAUGCGCGGCUCAGGGGAUAGAAGGCGGCGGCUACCCCGAAGGAGAAUUCCUCAGUCCCCCGGAUCUCCGACAACAGUGGGCCCUUCGUUAUUGGGCAUAAGAGAUGAGACAGAAAGCCCUAUGUCUUUAGAUGACGUCUUUGCUCAGAUAUCUCAGGUGUCUCUUUUCUCUAGGAAAACAGAGUCCGGAGUGCCUGCGCGACCUCGAAAGAAGAAAACUCCAAAGACCUGGCACACCAAUACAAAGAGAAGAUGGGGAGCCCUUCAGCGAUACCCUGACACUGAAUCUGAAGACGAUGAUGCCCCUAUCCUCGCUGUCUUGCCUCGUAUGCCCGCACCUCGCAGCCCCUCUACUUCUAAAAACGCUGCAGGAGACGCUUCAUCAUCUGAGUCCACUAACACCCCUCAAGCGGCCUUGCAGCAGCUGCUAUCCGAUGCAGCAGGCUCAAUGGGUAUAGCGGCAUGGACACCUACAAAAGAGCCUCCUCCUUCUCCCCCAGGAGAACCCUCUGAGGGGUUCAUCUCUCCAGCUGCUACACCGGAGGCCCCCUCAGCAUCUACAAAAGGAUCGCGUAGUGCGCUUGAAGAUCUGCUGAAACAAGCAACAGCAAAAAUUGCUGCUGGUACUCGCCGCAAGAAAGCUCACAGAGGAAGUUUCCGUCUCGGUAAGAAGAACUCGCAGUUACCUCAAAAAGGAAAUAAAACAGAAGAUGAUGAACCCAUUCUUGCUGUACUACCAAGAAAACCUCCGGCUCCUCAUUAUUCAGAAGCAGUUCAAACUAAUCUCAGUUCAGUUUCUGGAUAUUCUCUAAAGCAAGAAACUUCCCCUAGGGAGGCUUUGCAGCAGCUGUUAGCAAACUCAAGUAGAAAUAUUUCUUCUUGGGUUAGAGUGGAGGAGGGCAUCAAAGAAGAAGAAGAAAGUACUGGAGGAGUAGAAGAAGCGGAGGACUCCGAAGAAGGCGUCCCCCCACAGGUUACUGAAGGGGUACAGGGGGCCCCCACAACUGAGGGCCCCCUACCACUAACCGCUCAGAGGCUCAAUUCCUCUGAAGAGGCCCCUGGGCCUCAGCCUGCCAAUGCGCUUGAAGUUAAAGGCUUCGAAGUAGCAGCAGCAGCAAAUGCAGAAACGGCCAAAGUAGCACCAAGAUUAACUCUAGAAGUAGUAGUAGCAGCAGCAGCAGCAUGGGAUAUGAAAGCUGCAAUUGAUGCUGCUCGAAAGGCGGAAGAAACCGCAAGAGCAGCAAGAGCUGCUGCUACAUCAGCAAGAGGAAUAUCAGCUCUACCGGGGCCCCCAAACGGGCAGGUACAGGGUGCUGAUUUCAAGGGGGGUAGGGUCCAGAUGAAGUGGGAAGAAGAUUCAGUGUCUGAGGAGACAACAGAAUCUGAAGAGUCUCACUCGAAUGAGGUGGGCCCCCCUUCAGGUGGCUGGGAUACUUCUAUGCGUGUCAGUGAAGAAUCAGGAUCUCUUAAGACCCUCUCUCACACACAAUGGCGGCUAGGAAACCGAGAGAUGGUUGGCUUCAAUAGCGGCUCCCAUAGGGGGCUUCACUCCUCUUCUUCUCCUUUCUUUCCUUCACACUCAUCUCUAGCGAACAAAUCACCAGAAGGAACUCCGUCUUCAUCAGAACAAUACGAAGAAGACUCUGAAUAUGGAAAAGAUCCCCCUUGGGAAGCACCCGCGGGCGUUGGGGGCCUGCAGAGAGAAACAGAAGAACCCGCUGGAGGCUGGGGGCUCCAAGGGACCCCUGAACCAGGGCCAGCGCUACCAUCACAAGAUAUGCAACAAAAUCAAGAUCUCACACCACCACGAGGAUUGAAGGAAACGGAAACACAAAGCCCUCUCAAGGACGGCAUCAUCCAGGAAGCGGAUCGUGCGCCGUCGCAGCAAGGUACAGCUGCAGCAGCAGCAGGAGCUGCUGCUGCUGCUGCCGCUGAUAGUGGAGAAGGAGAUGCAGUUCAGUCAGAAGGAGCCUCUUUUUCUAAUACAGAAGGGCCCAGCAACACUGGAGGGGGCUCCUAUAAGAAGAAGAAUUCGCACACCAGCAACACCCACACAAAGUCUUGGGGGUUGGGUCCUGCUAUUGUGUUUGGGCCCCAGAAGGGCUAA